AAACCGGAACUACUUCCGGUAUUAUUUCAUAUAACAUCGAUGCAAGAAUUCGGACUGGCCGUCCAAAUUGCGAGGUGAAAUUUAUUGGCACAAAAAUCCUUAAAGAGAUGAAAGUUAUUCAGGAGUUGGCAACUUUGUACUCAGCUCUUCUGCUCCUAACUGGCGAAUCUGGAGAGCUAAAUUUUAAGGAGAGAGUGAUUAAAUACAAGGCCGAAGGCAGAGUGCACAAGCUGAAGUGGGUGUAUGAUGGAGUGGCAUGGGAUAUCCAGAGCGGCAUCAGUGUUAAGGCAAAGCACUAUAAAAGCAAACAUGGAGCGAUUGAACACGCUGUCAAGGAACUCAUUGACAAACUUGCAUCUCAUGGGAUAAUAACAAAGUGAUGUCCAAGUUCUCAGUGAACUGUAACAUGCUAGAUUCGCUUUCUGCUCCAUACUUCUUUCCUCACUGUCCCAUAACUUUGAACUUUUUUAAAGAGGGUGAACCGUUAGUCGUAAAACAGAAACAAAACGAAAUUUUCAGGCAUAAAAAUUGACAAAUUUUAAAAGCUAGUCGCAAAGGAACUUCUCUUAAUCGCAACACAAAGAAUUCAAACCGUUAUAGCCGUAAAAUGGACAAAAUGUUAGAGUAAUUAAUCACCCCAUUGGAACCCUCUGACGUGUUGGAUGAAGUCAAUUAAUAAGAGGACCAUGGAGAAUGCAAAGGGGUCAGAGCCAGAAAUAGACAGGAAAUCUUAUCACUCAUCCGUUUUUAUUAAUAAUUCGUUUUCAUCGCCGCCGGACCAUAUUUAUAAGAUUUGAUUGAUAAGCAACAUUUUUCACCUGCAUAUUUAUGCCAUGCAAAGGAUUAAUUUCGAUCCUUGCGUAAAAAUACCUUACGUACGUUGUUUUUGGUUCACGGCAUUCGUUAACAAUCACGAGAAUAAUUUUUUUUGUGGACAUUCUGGAUGAGAAAAAAAUAGUCCUUCCGUAGACGUCAUGCAUUUCCCUAAAUCUUUUUUGUUUUUGUUUUUUUGCCAUUUUGUAAUUAUGAUAUAUUAGUAGAAAUAAAAAAGGAGUUACAUAUA